GGACAAGUACCAUCCGCUAACAUGAGUCUUGAGACUUGUCCUCCGCCAGAAUCAUCGCCGGUCAAUUCCUUGUAAUGUGCCUACCGGUUGCUUUUCAGCAACAGACCGACCGCCGGCUUCCAUGUCAUAGUUAACCUGCCGCACUCAAUUGACUGGCCUGCCUAUUCUCGCGACUCCCUGCCGCUCCACCGCCUGUGUUUCGGGGACCGUCUAAGUUUUACGGUUCUGGCAGACCUCGCCUUUCGCGUCACGUUUUACCAUCACCGCCGUUCGUUUUGCAUUCGAGACAUGCUUUGUCGCUAUCACGAUGGGCACGGAAACAGUCCAACCUACGACACAUGAAGAUUCAAACAGCAAGUUGGCCGAACCUGAAGCGCAAGCUGACAAUGGCGGGAACAACCACGAUCAAGAAAAGCAGAAAAUAGCCUCUGUACUUGUUAGCUCAGAGCACCCUCUAGACCCGAAUACCGUUGCCGAAGCUCCUGAGGUGAAGCAUCUAGCCGAGCCGAGCCGUACGUUAGGUGUGGAUGAUUUUGAAUUGAUUAAAACGCUGGGCACCGGUACCUUUGCUCGUGUCUGGCUCACAAGGCUGAAAGAUAACCCUCGCAAAGACAAAGUCUACGCAUUAAAGGUUCUCCGAAAGGCAGAUGUUAUCAAACUUAAACAAGUUGAACAUGUUCGGAAUGAAAGAAGAACACUUGCGGCAGUUGCAGGUUAUCCUUUCAUCACAACUUUGGUCACCACCUUCUCAGACGACCAGUCUUUAUACAUGCUGUUGGAAUAUUGCCCCGGUGGCGAAAUAUUCAGCUAUCUUCGACGCGCACGCACGUUUGACGAACCAACCGCCAAAUUCUAUACCGCGGAGAUUACGAUGACAAUCGAGUACUUACACGACGUUCAGGGUGUCGCAUACCGUGAUCUGAAGCCCGAAAACAUCCUGAUAGACGCAGAUGGUCACAUCAAGCUUGUAGACUUUGGAUUCGCCAAACAGGUUGGUAACCGUGAAACAUACACUCUUUGCGGGACUCCGGACUACUUGGCGCCGGAGGUUAUACACAAUAGUGGACAUGGUCUUGCGGUCGACUGGUGGGCUCUAGGGGUCCUAAUCUACGAGUUUUUGGUUGGGCAGCCUCCAUUCUGGGACCAAAACGUGAUGCGACUAUACGAACAGAUUGUGGAAGGGCGACUUCGCUUUCCACAGAAGAUGAGUCCUGCUGCGCGGGACAUCAUUUCACAAUUUUGCAAGACAGAUGUCACGCAACGUUUGGGACAUAUUCAAGGAGGCGCCUCACGCGUCAAGGCUCACCCUUGGUUGUCUAGUAUUCAAUGGGAUGAUCUCUACUAUCGUCGUGUUCAAGGUCCCAUCAUCCCUCGUCUGGAAAAUGCGGCAGAUGCGGGCAAUUUUGAGGAGUAUCCACCGCCUCCUGCUCCCGAUAAGCUAAGCGUCUAUACGAGCGACUUGAGAGAAAAAUAUGAACCGCUCUUCAAUGAUUUUUAAUUCCCUUCCUCUUUCAUCUUCUAUAUCUUUUACUUGGAUUGACGACCACCUCAUCUGUUUCAUGCAUGAUACUUGCCAUAUUGGACAGAAUAUACCCUCUGAAAGAUUUAUGAAUCGUACUGGAUUGUUCUUUCUUUGCUUCUUAUGUUAUAUAUAUUAUCUAUUUCCUAUUUCCUAUUUCCUACUACCUAACCGUUAAAUUGCUCGUACAUUCUUGUUCUUCUCUGAUCUUCGUCGCUUUGUUGAAAUUUAUGACGCUAGAAGCUCUUCGUUAUUCAUCUACACCUUUCUUUAUGAGUUAUUCCACAGCGGAUAUCUCUUGACUUCUACUAGCCUAAUCGGUAUUUUCAAGAUUUGAGCCAAUAAAUUGAAAAUAAAAAUAAUCUUGAAUAGAA